AUGGACACAUCAAAAAGCAGGUUGUCCCUAGUGUCUCAGAGGUCUAAGCAAGAAACCCCACAAAACAUGCAAUUUGUUCAGGUGUUAGAAUCUUCUGGUCUUGAUACAGCAACUUCGCUGCUUGCCAGUAAUUGUGGAGAUGACUCCAUGAGGUCCGAUUCUGGAAUAAUUUAUGUUGAAAAGGACGGAGGUGUAGAUUCUGAAAGUCAGCAGAUCAAUUGUCAGGUGUUUGUCGAGAAUGUCGUUUUAUCAGAGAACCAGCAGCUGUUGAAUCCCACUAGUCAGGUGCAGAAAAUUGUGUCACACAUCUUGCCAUCCAGUUCUCAUCUUCUGUACUCCAGCAGCUCAACAAGUACAUCAUCAUCUCCUUCUACACUAGUUACUUAUGUCAGCAGCCCUCCCCUAAACACAAGUCCAGGUUCUCAAGUGACUUACUUAACCAGUUCUCCUCUUCAGUCACUACCUAUUCAACAACAGGCACCAGCAGUGAGUGGUCCAGUGGUCACCUAUGUUAUACCUGUUGCAACAGACAAAUCUUCACAGCAUGCACAGCACCCAGCAGUACCUGGAGCCUCUUUUGUCUCAUAUAUAGCAAGUCCAUCUGAGAUGCCUCGGUCACAGCAGCUUCAGAUACAACAGCAACAGCAACAAUUUCAGAUUCCCACAAGCUUUUCUGGACAAGAUAUUGCCCUAGUACAGCCACAAAACAGCAGUAAGAAUGACACAAAAUUCACCACACCAGUGACAUUUGCACUCACGUCACUGUCACUAUCACAACGAACGCAGGUGCCAGGAUGUAUUGUUUCUGUUGCUGGAAACUCAACAGCAAACGUCACCUCCUCUUCCUCAAUGCUUCAGCCUGCGUCCUCACUUUCAUCUUCUGCACCAUCAAGGCAGCACUCUGGUGUUCGGACACGUCAAAAGUAUGUUAAACCUGCUUCAGAGCUGCCGUCCUCUGUUUCCUUACCAGUCAUCAUCUCCCAAGGAACUGCAUCCAACAUGAUGGCAGUACCCAGCUCAGCACAGUCCUCCAGCAGUCAGCUCCCAAUUGGAGGGCUGACAGCCUUUCAUUUAACAAGUCCAGCAACAAGCUCUCAGUCUGUGCAGUACCAGCUCCAAUCAUCACAGCCAUCUUCUCACCUACAGCCACAACAACUGCAGCAGCAGCAGCAACAGAUGGUGUUGCACCCUCAGCCACAACUUCUGUUGCAGGACCAGCAACAACAAUUGCAGAUGCAGCGAACAGACAUUCCAGUGAAUGUACAGGUCAUUCAGCAUGGAGUAGUUCAACAACAUCAACAACAUCUGCCACAGCAUACCAUUCCCAUUAACAUAAUCACUCCAGUCAAUAUUCAGCAACCUCAGCCACCUCCUCCACCCUCACCCCAACAGCAGCCACAGCCCACACAGAUACAGAUUAUCUUGCCAGCUUCAGCUUUUCCUCCACCAGUUGCCGUAAAUCCUGGAAUAGGGACCAGUUCGCAGCCACAGAUUAUCUUACAGGUACAAGAACAAGCAACAUCUCACCAGCAGCCAUCAGCACCACCUCCUCCACCCCCUCCCCAACAAGCACCAGCAACAAUGCAGGAAGCAAAUUUAGCAGUGAUGUCCAAUGGACGGGUCUUGUCACUUCCCCCCAGCAUCAUGCAAAGCAUCCUAGCUCAGCUGCAGAAUGGAGCAGGUGUGAGCCUGUCUGCCAAAGGUGAUGGGGAGACCCAGGGUCUUGGCAGUGUUCCAGUUCACAUUCAAGAGGUGGUCAUCCAAGUGGAUCCUCAGCAGCUAAGUUCUGGUCUCAUGCCCAAGCAUGAACCUAAUGGAUCCUUUAUGGAGUACUCGCCCCUCAUCCGUCCCAUAGAAUCAGAGCCUGGAAGCAGGGCUAGAAAGUAA